ACAGCUAGUUAUCAUCCUUGCCUUUGGAAGGAUCAUUUUCUUACUCAUUCUUCUGAGUUCCUGAAAAGUGAUGCAACAGCUCAACAAGAAUAUGAACAACUCAAACAGGAAGUUAGAAGGAUGCUCAAUGACACCAGCAGUGAUCCUUGAAUCAAUUUCAACUCAAGUAAGCCCUCAGCUUGCAGAACAAAUAACCCGUGCCCUGAAUCGACCCAUUCGCAAAAACUUUCCAAGAUUAGAAGCAAGGCAUUACAUCUCUCUAUAUUCUAGAGAUGAUCAUUUCAAAUCCUCCAAUGGAGCACUGCUAAGAUUUGCAAAAAUAGACUUCAACAUGUUGCAAGCGUUUCACCAGAAAGAGCUGCGCAGCAUCACUGAAUGGUGGAAAAAAUUGGACUUCACAACAAAGUUGCCUUUUGCAAGGGAUAGAUUGGUAGAGUGCUAUUUUUGGAUAAUGGAUAUCUACUUUGAGCCCAAAUACGCUGUUGCAAGAAUAUUUUUGACCAAAGUACUGAUAUUAACGUCAGUCAUGGAUGAUAUUUUUGAUAACUAUGGGACCUAUGAUGAGCUCAAACUCUUGACCAAAUGCAUUGAAAGGUGGGAUAUUAGUGUCAUAGAUCAACUUCCAGACUACAUGAAGUUGUUUUAUCAGGCACUGUUAGACAUUUACAGUGAAAUUGAGAAGCAGGUUGCUAAGGAAGGCAGAUCAUAUGCUGUACAUUAUGCAAAAGAAUCGAUGAAAGGAGUUGCCAAAGCUUACCUUGUUGAAUCAAAAUGGCGUGAAGAAGGAUAUAUUGCACCUCCUUAUUUUGAUGAUUGCCAGAGGCUCUUCAUCACCCCGCCACAAGCUUCCUCUUAUGUCAAUCCACUUUAUGAUGAGAAGGCAACAGCUGACAGUGAAUCUUCCAAAUCACUUGCUGAAAGGAUAGCUGAUUUUGCUGAGGAAUCUAACAGGCUUUAUGAGGAACGCAUGAGGAGGUUGGAGGAAAAGUUGAAAGGAUACAAAUCAAAUCUUCCAGAACUUAAAACCCCUCAACCCAAAAGUGAGGUUUUAAUGGAGGAUUUAAAGAAGUGCCAUGCAGCCGCGUCUCCAGGAACUUUGAAGCAGUUUUGCAAAUCGCAAAACGUGACAGAGAUGCCAAUUGUAAAUGAAGGUCAGACGACACUGAGGUCAGAGAGUAACCCCAUGAUCACAGUUGGGGGGCAGGAAUCGCAAUUGCAGCGUGUUGUCCAAAGUCAGCAACGCCAUGCAGCUUUGGAGGCGACUUCAACAAGUAUGCCUCCAAGUCAUUCUAAGUCUGCAAAGACUAAGACUAGCAAUAGUCCUCUUACUCCUGGGAGGCAUAAACCAACUCAGGUGCAGACAUGUCAGCCAUCGAUCAAUGAAGGUCCAUCUGAUGGCCAACAAAAAGCUGAUGCUGCUACACAAAAGCCAACACUUUGGCCAGCAUCAUGGCAUAAAUCUGAUAAGGUAUCCACCUCAUCUAUUUCUACUUCUUUUGAGACUAAUGAGCAUAUUUCUUCAGCCUUGCUUAAGAAGUGUUCGCGGCGACCAUGCUUUCUUAAUGGUCGAAGCCCUUCCAAGUUCAAUUAUGGACAAUGGCUGAAGGUGAAAUAUCCUUUUAAAGUCGUUAGUCUGAAGAGGGGAGUCAUUUCCAAUCUCGGGGGGCAAUCUAGUCAGAUUGAACAACAAAGGUUGCAAGACCUUAUUGCCAAUGAAGUUCACAAAGCUAUAGAAAAAGAGGUAGCAAGGUUUGUGCCAUUGCAGCCUGAUGCCAAUUCAAGCAUCCAAUCAAUGCCGCCAUAGCAAAAGCAUGUGUGAAAGCUUAGUCCACCUCAGCAACUUGCAGAAUCAGUGCCAAAGGCCGCUCGGGAGGCAUGCAGGCCACCAUGUUGUCCAACAUGCCAUAGGCCAUAUUCAAAAAAUAAUGAUUCUUUCCAAAGUGGCUUUCACAAAAAAUGCCCAGAUUUUCCUUGCAGCCACAGUGAGAACAUGGGAGGCGGCAUAAGAAACAUUAUGCCUUCAC